AUGCCGAUGGCUAAUGGUUUGGAAAUAAACACAUCAUGCCCGCGACCGUAGUUUGGAAUAGAUUUAGAGGGCUUUCAUUUGAGUUUCAUCGUGGGCACUGAGAUGUGGAAAUUGCUUGUCUGGUCCGUUCUCAUUCAACUGCCUUUCCAAAUCGAUCUUGUCGAGGGGGAACGCAGUGUACAGUUCCUCACCGGCAACUGCAGCUAUAAUCCCAAGUAUUUUAAAAACUUCUCGAUGACCAUAGUUAACAACAUGAUGAAUAUGGACAUGUAUCUGAACAGGCCCGUUCAGAGGGGCUUCAAGGCCCACAUCGACAUUCUGCUACGUCUUGCCAACGCCAAGAGCUUUCAGUCCAUGUUCAACCAAAAGACCGACGUGUGCGCCACAACAUCGAGUGUGAAGAACAGCCUUUUUAAGAGCUGGUUCAAGGAUAUGAGCAAAAAUGGUAACUUUAUUUACAACUGUCCAGUUGAGGUGGGACAUUACUACAUGCACCAGUGGCGCAUGGGGAGCUCCAUGACCCACAAGUUUCUUAUCCCUGGUGAAUAUCGCGCAAAGGUAACCUUCUUCUACGGCAAGUAUCGGACUAAAUCUUUUGAGGAGACAUUGAGACUGACGAUUGACGCGAUCCUAACCAAUUAGACUCAUAUCAAAUCAGACAA